GAACCGCCAAACGGUUAGUGGGCGGUAACGCGCCGCUUAAAGUAGAAAGCGGCAAAAACCCUAGCAACCUUCUUGCAGAGAGAGAGAAAGAUGACGCAGAAAGGAAAUCUGUUCAAAGGGCAAAAGAAGCAGAAAACAAUCCCUCCCAAUCGCCAUGGAAAGCUUCCUCACGUUCGCAAAGGUAAGAGAGUCGUCAAGCCAUCGAAGAUGACGAAAGAUAUGGACGCUGAUCGAGAGCUGACCAAGUUCAUAAACCAGUGCAAUGAGAUAAAAGCUGCCACCAUUGCUAACAAGGAUGGUGGCCAACUAAAUAUUGUCAAGCUACCCCCAGAAUCUGCCAGUGAUGUGAAGGAAUAGUGAUGAUAAUCUGUCAAGAACUUUCUAACCCCAGAAGCUUCUUGCAUGGAUAGGAAGAGAUGCUUUGUCAAGAAAACUUAAAUCCGGCUUGUCGCUUUUGUUUGAAGAUCAUUUGUGUUGUGAAAUACAGUCUUGUUUUCAUAGUCAUAUUAUUUAUUUUUUUCCCUCACAUGUGUAAUUCCUUAGUGUGAUGCUUCUGGCUUCUACUUGUUUGAAGAGCAAGCGCUCUGGGUUUUGAACUCAAAAAGCUUGUUCAUAUUACCAAAUUAAACCUUUGCUAAUUGCAGCAGUUUUGAUGAA